AUGUUUGAGCUUCCAGAGGCAAAGAGAGUUCGGCGCGAGGACCUGGGCGACCCUGACGAUUCUGGCGCAAACGGAGAUGGUGCGCUUGGACAUGACGAGGCGAUGCAGGCGCGAGUGAAUGCGCAAAUUGCCGCAGCGCUGGGUCUCGAUGAUGAUGAUGAUGGAAACGACGACGAACCCCUCGAAGAUAAUAGCGAAUCUCAUGCGCAAGAUACGGACGCUGUCGACGUCGAUGACAAUGGCGAGCACGACACAGAACAAGGCUACGAGUUCAAUCUCUUCAGUACAGCCAGCGCUGGCGGGCCAGCCGGGCCAGCCAAGGUGAUCUUGGAGGAUGAGAACGCGGAUUUGGGCGACGGCGCCUUUGUGCGACCGCGACCUCUCUCCCACUACGCGGCCAAGACGCCGUCGGCUAAGCAAAAGGAGCAGUACAGCUACGCGGCGGUCACGGCCGACGACAUUGUGCAGUGGUCUGCGCAACCAUCAUGGGGCAUGGCGAUGCCUUGGAAAGUGGUUUCGAUAAGCGCGACGCGCAAGGCGAAGCCUGGCGAUAAGUCCGUCGAUAUUCUAAUGGAAAAUAUAGACGAGGCCGCCAAGAGGAAGCGGCCGGGCAAGAAGCAGCGCAUCCUGCUGCGCCAACGGAAAAAGACCAAGGCCCAGGCAGCGGAAGACGCGGCCAAGAAAGAAAUGGAAAAGGAGGAGCAUAUAAAGGACAAGAAGAAGAGGCUCAACAGGAUAAAGAAGCUGAGAAAACGUGCCAAAGGCAAGGAAAAGAAGCUGGCGAAUGGCGAUGAGGCAGAUGCGGCCGAUGUCGCUAGCGACUCUGACGGUGACGAGUAA